CAGUUUUGAAAAUUUAGAAAAGCAUACACAAAAGAGGUGUAUCAAUACUCUAUUUUGUAUCAAUUCUCUACUUUGAAAAAAUCUUAUUUUUUUUUAUUUUUUUAUCCAUGCAAUGAAAGUCAGUGGGGUCCAAUGUUGGACUAAAAAGCAUUCUUUUGGGAGCUGUCGAGGCCUAAUGGUUAGAGAGUGAGGACCGUCAGAAAAUGACUGAGGUGCCCUUGAGCAAAGCACCUAACCCCCAAUUGCGCCCCAGCAAAAAAUGUGUUUUAUGUGUGUGUUCGCUACUCAUUGCUCCUAAUGUGUGUGCACUAACGUGGAUGAGUUAAAUGCAGAGGAACUAUAUUAGGGUGAAUAAAUAAGUAUGCAUGUAGACCGUGUUUGCUGAAUGUGUGUGUGUGUGUGUGUGUGCCUUUAAAUGUGAGUGUUUGUAUGGGUGAUUUCUGGUUUGACUGGUUUUACUCUAAAGGAAGUGAUAGUCUUUCAAAGACUGUGUUUAAAGAAGAAAGACAAAUCAGGUAAGCAUUUUGACUAAAUCAUAUUUGUAUUAAUUUUAUUUAAAGCAUAGCAUACUAUUUAUGGCUUUUCUCUUAUAAAGAAGAGCAAUUGUUCAUUUGCAGGGAUGAAGUUGAUUGGAGUGGCUCUGAUUUGUUGUGCACUUACAGAUUUAACAUCAGAGCUGUAUAAUGUUGUGGGACCUGCAGAACCUCUCUUUACUGUUGCUGGUGAAGAUGUGAUCCUGCCCUGUUAUAUCAAACCCAACACCAGUGCUGUGGACAUGACAGUGGAAUGGUUUAGACUUGACCAAGACGAAAUAGUGCAUCUCUAUAAAAAUCGUGAAAACAGAAUCACGGAGCACAGUCAGUCCUACAAAGGCAGAACAGCACUGUUCCAAGAUGAACUACAGAAUGGAAAUGCCUCGCUCAAACUCUCAACAGUCCAAGUCUCUGAUGAAGGAGUUUACAAGUGUUUUAUUGAGUCCAACUCCUGGUAUGAUGAUAUCACUGUUAAUGUUAACGUCGGAGCUAUAGGAACUUAUCCACUGAUCAUUAUAGAGGAGUUUGAUCAUUCAGGAGGGCUUCGUCUGCUGUGUGAAUGUGAAGGCUGGAACCCCAAACCUGAGCUUCUGUGGCUGGACAGUAAAGGAGAUGUUUUGAUUUCUGAUACUACAGAGUCACAUAAAGAUGCAAAGGGCUUCAGCGUCAAACACAGGAUCACUGUGCAUAACAGUGAGACCAAGUAUCACUGCAGAGUCAAACUGAGACAUCAUAUGCUGCAAACGGACAUCAGUGUCUCAAGUAAAAUGUUUCACAUCUGGAGAACAUCAGUCAUUUGGAUUUCAAUUACAGUUGUAUUCGGUACCAUUACUGCAGUUGCAAUUGCUACUUUUGUUUACAUAAGAAGAGUUCGCUAUACGAGGAGGAUUCAAAAAGAGAUCGCAAAGAGAAGAAAAUAUGCUGUUGAUGUGACGCUGGAUCCAGAUACAGCUCAUGAAUCUCUCAUCUUGUCUGAUGAUGGGAAACAAGUGCGACGUGGAGAAAAAAAACAGAAUGUCCCAGGCAACCCUGAGAGGUUUGAUAAAUGCGGCAAUGUCCUGGGAAAGCAGGGAUUCUCUUCUGGAAGGUUUUAUUUUGAGGUACAGGUGAAGGGAAAAACUGACUGGGAUUUAGGAGUAGCCAAAGAAUCCAUUAACAGAAAGGGAAAGAUCACACUGAGUCCUGAGAAUGGAUACUGGACAGUGCGGUUGAGAAAUGGGAACCAGUAUAGUGCCUGUGCUGGAACCUCUGUCUCUCUCUCGCUAAAAGUGAAGCCACAGAAGGUGGGUGUGUUUGUGGAUUAUGAGGAGGGUCUGGUCUCCUUUUAUAAUGUGGAAUCCAAGUCUCAUAUCUACUCUUUCACUGAUCAUUGGUUCACUGACAAACUCUAUCCAUUCUUAAACCCAUGUACAAACAUUAAAGGCAAAUACUCAGCCCCAAUGAUCAUCGCACCUAUCAGUUUCAACGAAUGAAUGAACUCGCUAAUAAGUAAAUAUAAAUUGUAUUAAUUAGUUUGUAUUAAUUAUGCUUCCUAAUUAACAUCUUUUAGCAUUACUUGCCUACUUUUGUUACAUUUACAUUUGGCAAAUGUUUUUAUCCAAAGCGACUCGCAUUGCAUUCAAGGUGGGAAUCAAACCCAUGACCUUGAUUUUAUUAGCACCAUUACAAAGAAUAGAUAAGUACGUCCAUAAUUUUGUAUGAUGUAGUGUGUAGAUGGGAAUAAAUUUGUAUUCAAUUUUA